AUGGAACCGACCUUGGAUAUCAAGAUCACCUUUCAAAACAGUAUCAUCAAGGGCCCUGAUGCACAAACAGUUGAAGGCCAUCCAUUGCGUAAUUGGAAGAUCAAGCUGGUUGCUGUGGAAAAUGGAAAGGAUAAGAAAGGACGACUAUCCGAACUAUUGGAUCAUGUGGAAUACAUUCUUCAUCCAACGUUUGAGAAUCCUCGUCGAGUGGUAACCAAGGAACCCUAUGUCUUGCAAGAAAAAGGAUGGGGCGAAUUUGACAUGCGCAUUGUUUUGAACUUUGCCAAUAAUGUUGCCACCGAGGUGCUAUUAUUUGAUCUUAGCUUUAUGCAAUCGAGUUACUCGGUGAUACGCACCGUGGUCUUCCAAAACCCAACACAGGAAUUAUUGGCAUUACUUCGAUCAUCGCAUGGAGGCAGGAAACGACGAGCCAACUCGUUAGAGAAAUCUUCUUCAUCCAUUGCCAACAAAAAGAUUCGUUCACCUGCCAAUGCUGCUACAGCUCGACCACGUGAAAUAGAACCCGGUGCUGCUACUGCUGCUGCUGGUGCCUCUUCCAUGUCACCUUCGACACCCAUGUUUGCAACACAACAACAACAACAACCGAAUGCCGGCUAUUCAUCCAAUUAUUCCAUUUCGCCACAAUCCUUUGCAUCCCCUUCCGCUGCCACCAGUGGUAUGUUGACUAGCCCGUACGACUAUACCCGGAGCAUAAAGACUCCACAGGCCGAGUACGAUAAUCACCAUCAUCCGCAUCACAAUAAUCAUCAUUACAUGUCAGAUUUAAGCGACACAGAUGAACGACCUGCUACAGUACCCACUCACCAAGGUGGAGGUGGAGGUAGAUCUGAAUCCUCAGGAGGUUCAAGUUAUGGCAAUACAUAUGACGGUCGAAACAACAACAACCAUCAUCAUCAUCAUCGACCACAGCAAAAUGGAUAUGGUAAACAUCAUCAUGGUUCAUCCUCCUCGUCCGAAAACAGCAAUACAGGCGAAGACAAUGAUCACAAGCAUGAUGGAAAUGGUCAAGAAGCACAUAUCGUUGACGACGUGUAUACUGAAAGUGAUCUUGAUCACGUGAACCCAAUACAUGGAUCGGAUAUGAGUCCUGAUAUGCGACGUGCUUGGGGAAUACCUGAUAAUGUUAAUAUGUUGGAACUUGCCCGAAGGCUAAGUAAUAUGGAUACUGCACGCCUAGCAGAUAUACAAGAACUUAUUGAAAAAUGGAGGACGGAUGAGAUGAUCGUGGAAGAAAAAGAAGAUGAAGUUGUAAUGGAUCUCUACUCGCUUGGACCAGAGUUAUUGACAAGGCUAUGGGAGUAUUGCCAAUCUUGA